UGGUGCACGCACACGGAAGUUGUUUUUUUCAGUGGUUGUAAGUUGUUGCCACGUCGUUCUUGAUACAUCGUAAAACCGAGAUAUAUUGAUAACAGUGUUACACGUCUGGCAGUGCAAUUUCUCUGUUUAGGUACAAAGUCAUUACGAUAAUCUUCAAUCAUGGUUUCCGUCAUCAACACGGUGGACACCUCCCACGAGGACAUGAUCCAUGAUGCCCAGAUGGAUUAUUAUGGCACCAGACUGGCCACCUGCUCUUCUGACAGGUCUGUCAAGAUCUUCGAUGUUAAAAACGGAGGACAAAUCCUAGUGGCAGAUCUGAGAGGCCAUGAGGGUCCUGUGUGGCAGGUGGCUUGGGCUCACCCCAUGUACGGCAACAUCCUGGCCUCCUGUUCCUAUGACAGGAAGGUGAUCAUAUGGAAGGAAGAGAACGGAACCUGGGAUAAGAUGUACGAGUACACUGGACACGACUCUUCAGUGAAUUCAGUGUGCUGGGGUCCCUAUGACUUUGGUCUGAUCCUGGCCUGUGGCAGCUCAGAUGGAGCCAUCUCAUUGGUUACCUGCUCUGGGGAUCAACAGUGGGACAUUAAGAAGAUCAGCAAUGCACACACAAUUGGCUGUAACGCAGUGAGCUGGGCUCCAUCUGUGGUGCCAGGUAGUCUGAUAGACCAGCCCUCGGGUCAGAAACCCAACUUCAUCAAGAGGUUUGUCUCAGGAGGCUGCGACAACCUGGUCAAACUCUGGAAAGAGGAGGAUGGCCAAUGGAAGGAGGACCAGAAGCUGGAGGCUCACAGUGAUUGGGUCAGAGAUGUAGGCUGGGCUCCCUCCAUAGGACUACCCACCAGCACCAUCGCCAGCUGCUCUCAGGACGGCAGGGUCUUCAUCUGGACGUGUGACGACCCUUCAGGCAACACGUGGACGGCUAAACUCCUCCACAAGUUCAACGACGUGGUGUGGCAUGUCAGCUGGUCCAUCACUGGAAACAUCCUGGCCGUGUCCGGGGGGGAUAACAAGGUGACGUUGUGGAAGGAGUCUGCAGACGGCCAGUGGGCCUGUAUCAGCGACGUUAACAAAGGUCAGGGAGCCGUAUCGUCCAUCGCAGACGGAGCGGCGAACGAGCAGUGAUCCAGGCACAGAAGGACAUUCCACUCCCCCCUCCUACCCCCACAGAGAAUGAAUGGGCUACUACUCCAGAGACACUUCUACCAUCUAUCCUAGUCCCAGAUCUGGGCUAACUACCACCUGUUAAACUCCAUAGUGGCCCCUCUCUCUCUUUCUCUAACAGACUUUAAGACCAUAUUUCAUGAUGGAAUUUCUCUAAAGACCGAUUGAGGUUUCAUCGUUCAGUUUACGAUGAUCCAGAUUUAAAUGGUUACCAUUGAGGGAAACUACCUGAAUUAAAACCUUCAUUAAAACCUGCUCAAAACAUCCAUAGAUGACAUACUUGCUUGUAAAACAAUGUUUUGUCAAAUUUGAAACUGUUUUUGUGAAAGCUUUUCUUCCAAUUGAUUGUUAGAAACAAGAAUGUUAUGUUUUCAUAUUUCAAAUAAUUAAAAAGAACUUCAAGGAAAA